AUGACAGUUCACAAGUCAUUUGAAAGUAGCACUAUCAAGCAGUCUUCUGUUAGUAGUACACUUAUCUCAAGAACUGAGCAGCUAAUGUCAACAAAGACAUAUGAUUCUGAGGAAGAUUAUGAACCAGAUGAAAUUAAGGAAAUACUAGGUGAUGAGCCAGAAACUAGAGAUGGAAACAAGGAACCUAGGAGGUCUAGCCCUCGUAGGCCAGGAGAAAAGCCUGAUGCCAAAAGAGUUAGUCCACAUGAUGCAGUUAAAGAACCAAAGAAAGGUAGCCCAGGUGACAAAGAUAAAGAGCCCAGAAAAAUUAGCCCUGGAAGACCUGGUGAUAGAAACAAAGAACCUAGAAAGGUCAGUCCAGGAAGGCCAAGUGACAAAGACAAGGAACCCAAAAAAGUUGGAAGGCCAAGUGAAGCAGGGAAAGAACCCAGGAAGUAUAGUCCUGGAAGACCGGGUGAGAAAGACAAAGAACCUAGAAAAGUUAUUACUGGCAAGCCAAGUGAUAAAGAGAAAGAUCCUAGAAAGGUCAGUCCUAGGAAACCUAGUAAACCAGAUGAUGAAGAGCCAGUUUCAGGGGAUGAUUCUGAAACAUAUGAGUUGUCAACAACAGUACGAAAAACAUAUGAAACUAGUGACAUCAGGCGAUCUGCUGUUAGCAGAGCAGUGGUUUCUCGGACAGAGAAAAUUGUGACCAGCCACACAACUGAGUCUGAUGAGGAACUCAAAAAAAUACGAACACCAAGAGAAGAAUCUCCAGAGAAACCAGACAAGAAAACAUUGAGCAAAGAACCAGUUGAUGAUGAAAGAGAGCCUGCCAAACGAAAACCAAGCAAACCAGGUGAUCGACCAGAGAAGGGAAGGGUGAAACCUGGAGAUGGGAAGAUGAGUCCUAGAAAACCGGGUGACGAACCAGAAGUUACGAAAAAGAAGCCCGGAAGACCAGGAGAAACAGACACAGUUAAAAGACCGAGCAAAGAUAAGCCUGGUAGGCCUGAUGAUGAUGAUAUAAGGAAAAAACCAAGUAGACCAGGUGAAGAGCCUGAAAAUAUAAAGAGAAAACCAAGCAGGCCAGGCGAGGAAGAACCGGAAGAUGUUAGGAGACCACGCAAACCUGGAAAGCCUGAUGAGAAAGAGCCUGAGGAUGUCAAGAGGAAGCCGGGCAGGCCAGGCGAAGAAGAACCAGAAGAUAUUAGGAGGAGGCCAAGCAGACCAGAUGAAGAUGAACCUGAGUAUAUUAAUAUGAGAACAGAUAGACCAGACAAAGAACCCUUAGAAAUAAAUAGGAGACCAGGCAGACCAGGAGAUGAAGAGCCAGAAGACAUGAGGGAAAGACCAGAUAAGCCAGCUGAACCUGAUACAUACAAUUCUGAGAUAAAUGUCACAAGUAGGGAAACCUUAGAGAGGAGUGCUGUUCAUAGAUCCACUAUUAGUACAGUGGUAUCUAGAACAGACGAAUUUGUGACAAGCCAAAGCAUUGAUUUUGAGGAUGUAGAAGAUACAAAAUCUGUGCGAAAACCAAAGGAAGAAGCACCUGGAAAGAAAUCCAUAAAACCAAUGAGUGGAAAGCCAGGGGUCACAAAGAAAGUAAGUAGACCAGGUAAUGAAGAGCCUGAGGAUAUCAAGAAACAUCCAGGCAAAACAGGGAAGCCUGGUAGGCCGAGUGACAAAGAACCAGAGGAAACCAUAAGAAGACCAGGCAAACCUGGAAAGCCAGAUGAUGAGAAACCUGAAGAUAGCAAAAAGAAACCAAGCAAACCUGGUAAGCCAGGUAAGGAUGAGCCUGAAGAUCUUAAGAGGAGGCCAGGGAAACCAGGUAGGCCAGGCGAAGAACCUGAAGACAUAAGUAGGAGACCAGGCAAGCCCAGAAAGCCAGGAGAGGAAGAACCUGAUGACGUAAGCAGGAGACCAGGCAAGCCUGGAAGGCCAGGAGAGGAAGAGCCAGGAGAGGAAGAACCUGAUGACGUAAGCAGGAGACCAGGAGAGGAAGAGCCUGAAGACAUAAGGAGGAAACCAAGCAAGCCUGGAAGGCCAGGAGAGGAAGAGCCUGUUGACGUAAGGAGGAAACCAAGCAAGCCUGGAAGGCCAGGAGAGGAAGAGCCUGAUGACGUAAGGAGGAAACCAAGAGAGGAAGAGCCUGAAGACAUAAGGAGGAAACCAAGCAAGCCUGAAAGGCCAGGAGAGGAAGAGCCUGAAGAUGUAAGGAAGAGACCAGGCAAGCCUGGAAAGCCAGGAGAGGAAGAGCCUGAAGACGUAAGGAGGAAACCAAGUAAGCCUGGAAGGCCAGGAGAGGAAGAGCCUGAUGACGUAAAGAGGAGACCAGGCAAGCCCGGAAGGCCAGGAGAGGAAGAGCCUGAGUUAACAGUAACAAGAAGGGAAACCUUAGAGAGGAGUACCAUUCAAAGGUCCACAGUUAGUAGUACUAUGGUAUCGAAAACAGAUGAAUUUAUUACAAGUCAGACCACUGACUUUGAAGAAUCUGAAGAUUUUAUAAAAAGACUAAGCAGGCCAGGAGAGGAACAGCCUGAAAACGUAAGGAGGAAACCAAGCAAGCCCGGAAGGCCAGGAGAGGAAGAGCCAGGAGAGGAAGAGCCUGAUGAUGUAAAGAGGAGACCAGGCAAGCCCGGAAGGCCAGGAGAGGAAGAGCCUGAUGACGUAAGCAGGAGACCAGGCAAGCCCGGAAGGCCAGGAGAGGAAGAGCCUGAUGACGUAAGGAAGAGACCAGGAAGACCAGAUGAACCUGAUACAUAUGAGGAAACUGAGUUAUCUAACAGAUGA